CGCACACACACAUUCUCACACACACACACACAGGGCAGGUGUCAGACACGAUCACCUUUACAUCCCGCUGCACGAGCUCCGGUCUGCGUCACCGUGACGUGAAAACACGCCGCGCGCACCUCCUUCCGCCGCAGCCAUGAUGGUUAAAUGUCCUGUUUAACGAGGUGUGGAGCUGUCACAUUUAAAAGGUCGGAGCAGAAUGCCAUACAAGUUUGCAUGCUGGCAGCCACAGGAAAGCCUUUGAGUCACUAGCAUUUUGAGGAAGAAAGAAAAAGAGGUUUCACUCCCAAACGAAUUUUGAGUCCUGUGCAGUCCGGCUGUGUGUCUCCUGAUGGAGCCCCGUUCCCGCUGACCUGACCGUGAGACAGAGGAUGCGUCUGUGAACCCAAAGCCCCGUGAACGCUUGCUCAAAUGCUUUCAGUCUGUUGUUGGUUGGGGUAGCACAGUGAGAGAGAGGGAGAGAGAGGGAGAGAGAGAGAGAGAGAGAAAGAGAGAGAGAGAGAGAGAGAGAGAGUUGGUGAGCUCAGAGCGGGGAUGGGGGGAGGAGGGGCACUCAGACUCCACAACAACGCCAGCGAGAGUGAGACUGUUGAGGGGAGAGAGAAUGCGGCAGAAGGAGCGAGCAGACUGUCAGUGGCCAACUCUGGGAGACAGGGAUACAGACGGAUUCACUCCUCUUCCUUUCUGGCUUCUCCCUGCUUUGUGUUUUUUGUUUCAUUGCUUUUAUCACUCUGAACACCUUUGCUCUCAGUCUUUCUCUUCCUCUAUUCUACCAGCUGCUGAUUCCCUCUCUCCUUGCAGUCUUUAUUCCUCUGUCCUACAUCCAGACUUGAUGCUGUCUUCUCUCACUCCUCUUUCUCGCCUAUGACUACCUGACAGGGAGCUUCCAUUUCUGUCUUCUCUUCCUGUUUAUCUUUCCCUCCAUUCUCCUUUUUCUUUCUUGUUUUAUUUUCUUUGCACUUGCCCGUGAUCCAUCUGACUUUGUGUGCUCUGAGGAUGCCAGUGUUAGAGGGGCUCUGGGGCCCAGAUCUUAGGAUGCGAGACUCUGGUCUUGGCGUUGGGGUCGAUGUCGGGGUCUGUCCGGAUGAAGAUUCCAGCUCGCCAGUGUGGGGUCCUCUCAGGACUCCUCCGGUCACCUGUGGGGGCCUGUCGCUGGCCCUGGAACUUCCCGCUCUCAUACGGCAGCUCAGGGCGGCCUGGAGGGCACGCAGGGGAGGCCCGCGGGGGUCAGAGAGGAGCGAGGCCAGCUCUUGGGUGGAGGCAGAUAAGGAGGAAGAGACAGAGGAGGUGAAGCAGGAUGUAGAGGACACGAGCACACACAUGGAAGAUGAUGGCACACUGAGCACUGGUCAUGCUGAUGUGUUGCUGGCUGAGAGACGAGGCUCCUACCCGCUGAUUGACCUCCGCGUCCUGAAAACCAGUCUCCAGCGAGGGGAGGUAGAGUCCGGCACCAGGAAGAAAGUCAAGCGUCUGCUGAGCUUCCAGAGAUACUGCCACGCCUCCCGGCUGCUCAGGGGGUUGGUGCCCCACACCCCCGGGUCCCUACACCUCCUGGACGACGACUACCUAGGACAGGCUGCGCACAUGUUAUCAAAAGUUGGAACAUGGAACUUUGACAUCUUCCUCUUUGAUCGUCUAACAAAUGGAAACAGCCUGGUGACUCUGAUGUGCCAUCUCUUCAAUGUCUACGGUCUCGUUCAACACUUCCAGCUGGACAUGGUCAAACUGCACAGGUUUCUGGGUAUGGUGCAGGAAGACUACCACUCCCAGAAUCCCUAUCACAACGCUGUUCAUGCAGCAGACGUCACCCAAGCCAUGUACUGCUACUUGAAGGAGCCCAAGCUGGCAGAGCAGCUGAGCCCUCUGGAUGUGUUCCUGGGUCUGAUGGCAGCAGCCGCCCACGAUGUCGACCAUCCCGGCGUCAACCAGCCCUUCCUCAUCAAGACCAGACACCACCUGGCAUCUCUCUACCAGAACACAUCCGUCCUGGAGAGUCACCACUGGAGGUCGACUGUGGGCAUGCUGCGAGAGUCAGGACUGCUGUCUCACCUGCCUGCUGACAUGUCGCAGGACAUGGAGCAGCAGCUGGGCUCUCUCAUUCUGGCGACAGACAUCAGCCGGCAGAAUGAGUUCCUGCUGACCCUCAGAGAACAUCUGGACAACCAGGACCUGGACCUUCAGCUGGCUUCACACAGGCAUUUUAUGCUGCAGAUUGCUCUGAAGUGUGCAGACAUCUGUAACCCGUGUCGGGUUUGGGAGCUUAGCAGACAGUGGAGUGAGAGAGUGUGUGAGGAGUUCUACAGACAGGGUGACCUGGAGAGAAAGUUUGACUUGGAAAUCAGUCCUCUGUGUAACCAGCAGGCGGACUCUGUCCCAGCCAUACAGAUGGGUUUUAUCUCCUUCAUCGUGGAACCUCUGUUUGAGGAGUGGCAGCGUUUCACUGAGCCCAGCCUGCUCAGCCAGACCAUGAUGGGUCACCUGCACAAGAACAAGGUCCGCUGGAGCCGCCUGCGAUACGCACAGACCACAUCAGACACACAAACGCACCCUUCUGAUGACGAGCCCGAGCCAGAAGGAGGGGGCGGAGAGAACAUCCCUUAAUCUUCUGCCUGUUUCUCGGGGUGUUUUAAUCUUCCUUUGUCAGUGGAGCAGAGGAGUGUUUGUCAAACCUCCUUGUUUGUCCUCCAGCGUAUUUCCUCCCACUCCUGGGUGCUCACAGUGGGAGCACAGGAUCAGAGUCUGGCCUGGAUUACUGAGAUAUGGCUCCCUCUGCUGGUGCAGAGGAUUAUAACACUGCAGGAAAAAAAGACUGGGACAAAUCCAUGAUUGAGGAAAAGGAUGGAUGUUUUAGUAAAUAGAUGCCAAAUGACAAAGUAACAUCACGCUCUCAAACUGUGUGAAUUCUUUCACAUUUACCGAGGCAUGGGCGUAGAAGUGAAAGGUAACGAUUGAUGACAGAAGAAGGAUCAGCAGAGACAAAUGUGCACACUGCUGCCAGAAUGAUAAAGAAAAGCCAAAACUAUAGACGAUUCUAACAAGUCAGCUGGACUGUUCUUUAAAAGAUGUUAUGAGAUAAGAGGAUUAUAUGAAUAUAUCAACUAUACUAUUCUUUUUAAACUUUUAGAUAACACAUAUUCAACUCUUUUCACUUCUCUCUUUUUGUACAGCUGGCACUUCGGUUGGAUGCGCCGCGUUUCACUGAAGUGCGUUUUAACUCUAAGCACUGAGUUGGUAUGUCAAGGUAUCGUAAAGUUGUAUUCUGUUUUAUCCUGCAAGACUGAUUCUAUCACUCACUGACACAAAGUGGCUUUAGCCGAGCAGCUCAAACUCUGAUUACCAAUCGUCACCAGGAUGUCAUCGGCCUCCGGCUGACUCACAGUUGUGGAAAACACAAGCGAGAGCCUUUUUGUCUUUUUUAUCCAAGUGAUGUUGCAAACAGAGAAAUCUGUACCCACUGUGAUGUACGACCACAUCUCUUCACAUGCCAAAAUAUCCAGCCAUGUGUAAACCUUUUUACUGGAUAUCAGGAAACACAACUCUCUCUUACCUUUGUAACAACUCGAUGGGUGCGUUUAUUUAUCCAAUAACCUCACUCUUACGAGCCUUAACAGCUAUUUGGUCUCUGUGAAAUACUGUUUUUGGAAAUCCAGACAAAACUUUUCUUACACGGUCAAGUUGUUAUUGCCUGUUUUUUCUUCAGCCAUACCAGCAGAAUGAAACACACUGUUUGUUUCAGUGUUUGGGUCCGACUUGGCCUCACACUCAGUACCAAGGUGCCAACGUACUAUUCUGAUACACUCACCCACUGCUCUGUUACCUCUCUAAGGCUUUUCUAUAUCACUGUCUUUUUAACACUGGGAGCAGGCACUGUAUGCACUGUAUCUUAUAUAAAUUGACUUGGGCCAAUUGGUAACUACUGAUACUUUUAAUUCUCACAUCUAAUUCAUUAUUUACUGCAGUAAAUAUCAAGUGAAUAAUACAGAUAAUUAUGUACUGUCAUUCAUUAUUCGAAUGUGUAAGAUUUAAUUGCCUAAAAUGGUACUUAGAUGUAUAAUCUGAGUGGUGAAACUGAUCCACGUGGAGCUGAUGCAACUUAGAAAAGUAUUUGUAAAUAUUAGUUGGUCCAGGUGUAAGAGGUACUGAUAUAAAACAGUAGUAUUUUGCCUCUCGGCUUGAAAUAUGUACAGAUAAGGUUUUUGACUCAUGUUCGACAUGGUCGAGGCUGAGUGCACGGUGCCAACAGAGGCCCCACGUCUUCCCUUAGCUAUGACAGAAGAAUAAACCUGAGCUUUAUGGUUCUAACAAUCCAGUCCAACACAUAGUCUAUUCUAGAGACAGCUCAAAUAUUCAGAAGUUGAGAAACCAAUAAUAUAAUAAUGAAUUUAUGUGAGGUCUUUUUUAAAAAAAAAAAAAAAGAAAAGUACACUAACUGUAAUAUUCACCUUUUCUAUGAGGUGUGGUGCAAUAAAGUUAGGUCACUGGCCAUGUUGUAAGGAAGAGGCCAUGUUCAUUUCUAUCUAUAGCUCUGGUUGUUUGAGUUCCUACGUCCUCACUUUAGCACUUACUGAAACUCCCAUUAUACGUAGAGCCACCUGCUCGUCUGAAGUGUGCACUGCUGUCACUGUUCCUGAUCUCGCUACUGUCACGAGGUCACAGACUAUCUCUGGAAAGCCGCCACUGAUUCCAUUUACUGUAAGAUACACACUCACUCAUAGUUACCUACUGACCGAUUCAGCUUUCAGAGUCGAGAGCUAACGAACGGCGUGAAACGUCACUAAAUACUACCUAAAACUGCAGUAUUUUUACUCUACGCAACUUUUACAUGUCACUGCUGUAGUGUAGACAUCUAGUUGAGAUAAGCAUGGGCUGCCUUGUAUUUGAAUACCUCUCAGAUUCUGCGACGAUACAGGGUGUCGAAGCCAUACUGGUUUUAAUAUCAAGAACAAAUAAGUACUGAAAGUCUUUAUUAACUGUUUUUAUACCACAGGGAUUAUUAUUAUUACUGUACCA